AUGAGUCUCUGGAAGGCAACUGGUGAAGCAUUGGUGAAAGCUAAAUCCAAUCUAAAAGCCAUCGAGGAAAACAUCAUCCCGAAACUAACCGCGUAUUGCGGUUUAGGCGAGCAAGAUAUGAGGGCUUUGAAAGAAGCAUGGAUGCUUGUCGUGCAAUGCAGACAAGCCCUGAAAUGGAGUUCUUUGUUUGGUUAUGUCACGACCGAGGAUCAAACCCCGAAAAAGCCUUACCUGAAUCACCUUGAAGGAGAAGCUAACAAAGUUCUUCUUAAACGCAAAGAGACUCUACAUGAGUUGAUUAAUGAAGCCAUCUCAGCUGGAGAUAUCACUUGUUUCAAGCACAAAGUGGAAACCAGUACUAAAAACACUGGUAACUACUUCCAUUACUUUCUAAAGAUGCUUGAAGAUGGUUUGCCUGAAGUUGAGGUUGGUGUUGAUGAGGAUGCAUCGACCAAUUACUGGUUCUGCGAACAAUGCAAGUUUCAGAACGGUUGGGGUGAUAGAGAGUAUAAGGGGUGUUUUAUCCUUUUUGAUUGUGUUCCUCCUCCUUCUCAUGUGGAUUUUGGUAACAACAACACUUGA